AUGUCGCCCUCUGCCGUGGGAAAGACCUACAAUAUCGCCUCUAUCCCGGCUGAUGGUAUUGGCCCUGAGGUCAUCGAAGCUGGUAUCACCGCUUUGAAUGCCUUGACGGAUACUCUUCAGACAUUCAAGUUGAACUUCAAGAACUAUGACUGGAGUUCAGAGACAUACAAGAAGACCGGAAAGUAUAUCCCCGAUGGCGGCCUCGAGGAGCUGAAGAAGCACGAUGCUAUUUUCUUCGGCGCCGUUGGUGCACCCGACGUCCCCGAUCACAUCUCGUUGUGGGGUCUCCGCUUGGCUAUUUGCCAACCUUUCCAGCAAUACGCCAAUGUUCGCCCAACAAGAGUCUUCCGCGGCACUGAGUCACCUCUGCGCAACUGCAAAGACGGUGACCUUGACUGGGUUAUUAUCCGUGAGAACAGUGAAGGCGAAUAUGCCGGUCAAGGUGGUCGCUCUCACGCAGGCAAGCCUUGGGAAGUUGCUACCGAGGUCUCCAUCUUCUCCCGACACGGUGUUGAGAGAAUUAUGCGCUUCGCUUUUGAGACUGCCCAGAAGCGUCCUCGUAAGCUCUUGACUGUUGUCACUAAGAGCAAUGCUCAGCGCAACGGUAUGGUUCUCUGGGAUGAGGUUGCCAAGGCCGUUGCUGUGGAUUUCCCGGAUGUCACUGUUGACAAAAUGCUUGUUGAUGCUAUGACCACUCGUAUGGUGUUGAAGCCUGAGAGCUUGGACACCAUCGUUGCUACCAAUUUGCACGCUGAUAUUCUUUCCGAUCUUGCUGCUUCGCUGGCUGGUUCUAUUGGUAUCGCUCCUACUUCUAACCUUGAUCCCACUCGCGAGUACCCUAGUAUGUUUGAGCCUAUUCACGGUUCCGCUUUUGACAUCACUGGCAUGGGUAUUUCUAACCCCGUGGCUACUUUCUGGACUGCUGCUGAAAUGCUUGCAUGGCUGGGCGAGGAAGAGGCAUCGAAGAAGCUUCUGGAAUGUGUUGAGAAUGUCUGUGAGCAGGGAAUUUUGACCCGCGAUUUGGGCGGAAAGGCUUCUACUAAGGAGGUUACGGAGGCUGUUGUGGCUGAGAUCAAGAAAUUGGGUUCCAAAUAG